UCUCCUAUCACAUCACUGAUCUCAUCUUUCACAUGGAAUCGUGGGUGUGGUUUGCACUUGGGAGUUUCCACUCAAAGUGAAGCAUCAAAAGGGGAUUAAGUAUGGUGAUGGGUUUGGAAGAAAAAAGUGGAGAGAGAUCAUUGCAUGGCUCGUCGAAUUAGGACACUGCUUUAGGAAACUUGGAUGAGCGCAGCUUCAGCUAAAACGCUCUGUGGCUGGCAGGGAAACUUCAGAAAUGACUAAAUGUUCGGUUUUUGCGCUAGAUGGCGCUAUGUGGCAACAUCUUAGUAUGCGUGUGAAUUUUUCUAAGAAGACUUCCUUUCCCCCCUGUUUGGACAGUAGCCACUCAUCACACGUGAAUCCCUCUCUGUUUAUAUCUUUAAUUAUCCCAGCAUGGCGGCUUUCGCUUGUGUUUAUUUAAUGUCCCAUGAGGGUGGAGCUUUCUGCAAUAAACUUAAAUACUCAUGUUUAAUUCUUGCUGUAGAGUGAAAUUAUAUAAUUUUAAAUUAAAGCAUAUAACCACGUGCGGUAUGUGGUUUACAGUAGGCCUUUAUCUCCUCCCGUCCUGAAUUAUGGCUUUACUAUAUUCUCCUUGUUUGUUAGUGUAUUUAAUAUUUCCAUACCUGUGAAUCCUCCAUGCAUGAUAAAAACACGACCCUCGUUGUUUUGCGGUGGAUGCAGCUGAAACCCUCUUUUAUGAAGACUUCAAUAACUUGAGGUGAUUAAAAGGCUCUGUCAUUAUUCUUUCACUCGUUAGGAAGGCCUCUCGGAUUUCAAGUGUCUCCUUUUACACUCCUGAGCCGCCACAUUCAUCAUGGGACCUGGCUGAAGUUUUAUUGCGGCCGCUAGAGGAGGAUGCAAAAACAAAAGCUGAGGAGUGUGGGGUGGACUCAAAGGGCAACUAGCCCCAAUACACAUUCUCAGUGGGGAGGAAAAAAAGUGAGAGAGAGGGGGGAAAGAAAAAUGCGCGCCGGGGCAUGAGUCGAGUGCUUCUCUCUGCUUAAUUUUGACACAGUUCAACACAUUUCAUCCACUUGGAAACUCCAGGUUAUCCCCCGACGUUAUGGGCGUACCUACACGUUUUUUCAUCACAAAGGAGUAAGGUGAGGGACGGGGUCACACAGCUCCAUAAAUACUUGGUGUGGCUGAGACUUCGGAUGGACCCUGGAGGCGUAAAUACUGCUGCUGGAGGAAGCUCGCACACAGGAGAGGAGCGGCGAUUUUUCUGCAAGCUGAUACCUCAUUUGUAGAAGGGCAGACUACUAAAAGCCUCCUCAGUUACCACCGUGAAAGUUGUGGUGCCUCUGGCUAAUAUGGAAAGUCUAUGAUUCCGUGUUGGCACAACUAUAGCAUAAAUUGUUGCGAUUUUUUCUCUCCCUUCACUGAGUGCGAUGUAGUUCAUCUUCACAUCUCAAAGUGAGCUGAUUUGUCAAGAUGACAGCGCUUACACCUUUGAACCGUGCCGUACUUGGACUUGCGUGGAGCUGUUUGAGUUUCCUGUCGUGCGUGCAUUGCGUUUUAAGUGACAAUCAUGUGCACUCCAGUUUUAUUUACAGGAGGUUGCGCAAUCACGAGCGCAGGGAGAUACAGAGAGAGAUCCUCUCCAUCCUGGGCUUGCCUCACCGUCCCAGGCCCUUCUCUCCCGGGAAGCAGGCGUCCUCCGCGCCGCUGUUCAUGCUAGACCUGUACAACGCCAUGGCCGUGGAUGAGGAGGAGGGCGUGCAGGAGAGCGCAGGGAAGAGCUUUAGUGCCAAGGCUCAAGGGCACUCUAGGAAAAGUUACUACAACCCCCAGCAUGCCGGCUACUCCCGUGUGGCACAGCCUUACCGAGCGGCCCCUCUCCUAGGCCACAGCCCCGCACUCACCACAGCGCAAGACACCAACUUUCUCAAUGACGCCGACAUGGUCAUGAGUUUUGUCAAUUUGGUGGAGAAAGAUAAAGAUUUUUCUCACCAACGAAGACACUACAAGGAGUUCCGUUUUGAUCUGACUCAAAUACCGGACGGCGAGGCAGUGACUGCAGCUGAGUUUAGGAUCUAUAAGGACCGUAGUCAUGCCCGCUACGACAAUAUUACCCUGAAGGUGACCAUAUAUCAAGUCAUCAAAGAGUAUCAAAACAAAGAUGCAGAGACGUUCUUACUUGACUCCAAAAAGGUCCAGGCAUCUGAUGGAGGCUGGCUAGUGUUUGACAUAACAGCUACCAGUAACCACUGGGUGAUGAAUCCACAGCAGAACCUGGGCCUGCAACUCUGUGUGGAAACUGUAGAUGGACGAAGUAUAAACAUGAAAUCUGCCGGAAUCAUCGGGAGGAACGGGCCCCAGUCCAAACAGCCGUUCCUGGUUGCUUUCUUCAAGGCCAGCGGGGUGUUGCUUCGCUCAGUCAGAGCUGCUGGUGGGAAAAAAAAGAACCACAAUCGCAAUAAAUUGAAUAAUCAACAACAAUCCUCAAAGGCACCAAAAACUGGAGAUUAUAACACCAGUGAACAGAAGCAAGCCUGUAAGAAGCACGAGCUUUAUGUCAGCUUUCGGGACUUGGGUUGGCAGGAUUGGAUCAUUGCACCGGAGGGCUAUGCUGCUUUUUACUGUGAUGGCGAGUGCUCGUUUCCACUCAACGCACACAUGAAUGCAACAAAUCAUGCUAUUGUGCAAACUCUGGUCCACUUAAUGUUUCCUGACAAUGUGCCAAAACCAUGCUGCGCCCCAACCAAGCUCAAUGCAAUAUCAGUACUUUACUUUGAUGACAGCUCAAAUGUUAUCCUGAAGAAAUAUAGAAAUAUGGUAGUUAGGUCUUGUGGGUGCCAUUAACGGGCGAGGCCAAUUUUAAUUUAUGCAGUCUGGCAUGGGAAUUGCUGGAGGUGUGAUGUCAUGUUCAGUAUUAUGUAUAUAGAGUUUUAUUAAUUUAUUUUACUUUUAAAAAAAAAUAGCACUGAAUAUUUUGAUAUUUAAAUGAUUAGGACAAAAUACUGAUUUUACUUUACAACAGUUAUCAUUUAACUUCUGUGUCCGUUGGCAUAUACUUUGUAUUGGUUAGGACUGUAUAUCUUUUAUGAGAAAACUGUUCACUGGAGUCACUAUGAUCGCUUCCUCUUCUGUUGUUUUCUUUUCUCCUUUUUUUUCUAUACAUAGUGUGCUACAAACGCUAUAAACACUGUAUUUCAAUGUUCAUUUCUUAAUGAGUUCAUUCCCAGUUCAGAACGGUAAUCGUUCAUGACAGACGCAUACAGAAUAAUGUCCCGCGAUACUGUAACACAAGCACAUUUUAUUAACAAGGGGGAUCUCCAUAUUAUGCUAUUAACACUAACGUCUCAACUUCAACAGGCUCUUGGAAAUAUUUCAAAUUAAAUCGGAUCACAGGAUUAAAAUAACACACUGAGCGUUCUCUAAUAUAAACCAAACUGCCCAAAGCUGUUUUCAAGCUGUCACCGUCUUUCAGCGUUGAUACUGUUUCACCUUUUCCAAGCCAGUUUUUUUUCUCUGGUGUUCUCAGAAAGGGAAUAUGUCAGUCUGGAAUGAAACACGUAUAAUGUUGAGUGUUCGCUUAUUUUUUUAACAAUGUUUAUCUCUUACAUAAACACUGUUUCUCAUUUCUCUGUGGACUUUGUCAUAGUUACAUCUUUGCGCCGCACAUAUUCGAUCUCAUGUUUGGAAAGUAGUGUAUCUUAACGUAGAGUGCUGUGUAUUUAAUAAAUGUACCACUUGAAAGCUCUUAUCUUUGCUCGGCUUUUAUUGACUUCGCAGCUUUUCUUUCUUCAUUUAUCACGCACAGCUAUAAAUCUGUAAGAAGAAAGAAAAAAUCCCUGGUGAAAUAAAUGCAUUAUUUAUUGUUUUUUUAUUUGUUUUUUAGUUUUUUAGGUAUUUCUGUUUGGAAUUCUGUGGAUCUUUUACUCACUGCUGCCAAACUACCGUCUCAGAUUUAUCAAUGUUUGACAAGUAUGAUAUAAACUAGAAGUACACCCACAGAGCCUGAUGACAUGCUCUUAGGGAGCGGUAAUGCUAAGUAGUACAGUGCUAUCAGCGAGACAAUGCUGUGACCUCCGAUACCAGCCCAAAAGAGUGAUUAUCAUGAGAAUGACAGCAGAGAAAAGCAACAUUUUCCAGAUUAUGGUGGAAAGUUCCCAUCAACCAUAUUAUUUAUGUGACAUGCUUGAUACACAUAUACUUACCGACAUGCUGUAAAUUCACAUUUUGUCACUGCCCAUCUGCUUCGAGCUAAGAUUCAACCUUGGAAACAAAGUGGAAACCAUAAACAAAACCGAGUGAGUGUUGGUGCACUCAUCCAUGGAUAAGCAGGACUUCCCGAAAAGUGCGAGGGAAUGUGCUUUUUCCAAAAAAGUACUAUGGUUACGCAGAACUCUUCAAUGGUCUUGGAAAUGCAGGGAUUAGGUUAAGGAUUAAUAUUUAUUUGCACAACUGUGUUGACCCUCACUGAACACAGGAUAUGUACUGUUGCACUUUCCCCCUCCACCCUCCCUGUUUUAUAACAUUUUUUCUGACAUGGCAGAACAUUGAGUGACUGUAUUUCACUUAAUUAAAAGCAGUGGCUGGCCUGCCCAGAUGUUAUGUGGGCUCCAUCGAAAAGGAGUGUUGACAUUCAGUGAAUAGAAGAGGCCACCUGCUAACUUAACUCUUGGCUUGAGGGGUGAUUUGCAUUCCUGUGGCCUGUUGCCUGGCAUGAUUACUCCUAGCACUUAACAAUCCCAUCUACUGUUUAAUAUGAUGGAUUCUUUCCAAUUCAGCUACAUUUCUUCCUUGUCUGUAAUGCAGGAGCUGCUAUGAAUGAGCUUCUAUUUAGGUUCUCCAAAAUGACACAACCCUCCUCAACAGUAACCUCUUGACCACAUGAAAGGGUAACAAUUGCCAUACUCGGGGCGGAUUAAUAUAGUGGCCCCUUUUCCUCCGAGACCCCCGCGGUCAAAAGCAGCCAGCAAUGAGUCAGAGGUGCCUUGACAUUUAUCAGAUCCGCACUUGUAGUGGCCACUUCUGAAAAAGGUCACAACCUCUGGUAGUUUACCUUUCCUGAAUGGUUGCUUGUGAAUUAUUCAUGCAUCGUGCACUCAGUUUAUAGUAUAUGUCACAACAUGCUGUUGGCUUUACAUAAACAUAGUUGCAUAAUGUUGAGAUGUGUUUCCAUGUGCUGAUAUUUUUUUUCUACCACAAACAUGUUUAUCCUCUUUACCUGAUUAAGAAAACAGAGGUAUCCAUGUCAGCAGCUGUUAAGAACAUGUUCUUUUAUUCAGCAAACAGGAUAUAUUUAUUAAGGAGACAUCAUCUUGAAGCUCCUACCUGACUGGGCCAAAAGUCACAAGUGCUUGAGGAUUUAGGUCAUUUUAAUGUAAACAAAUCCACCACCACAGGAAAUGCUUUGACCCAUGCUGAAAAACAAAUACAAAAAGCUGCUAUAACGUGCCAUUAAUCUUGUCAGACCACAAACAGAGGUGGCCACUUAGAGAUGACAAAAUUAGAAUCACAGAUUAAUUUUUUUUUUAAAAGAGGCAGAACGUU